CGUUUUUGUGAAAUUGCCUUUGCUCGAGCCUUAUUUAACACCCCAUCCCUGAGUCGUAAUUUUCAAUGCGUUAUAAAAAGGGUAUGGGCAACAGGCAAAAACAUUCAAGACUUCAAGGUGUCCAAGAACCUGCCCCCUCUGCUCGCGUGAGAGGACAAUGAACGUUGAAGACAAAAAGCCGAUUUCGUCUCAAGGAAACAACCGACAGCAACCGUAUCCGUAUCAGAUGACCCUGGAUAUGUAAUUUAUUAUCAUUUAGUUGUGAAAUUUUGAUAUUAUUUGAUAUUGGUGAUUUGAGAGCGACCAUGGACGAAUCCUCAAGGCAGCACAUGGAAGACUUCUGCUUCAUGCGGGCUCCCAGCGACGUCCGCACCACCAACGUGCCCGUUGCUCCCCCCAGGACGGUGGCUGACAACAAAUCACGAAAAACAGAGCUGCACGUCGUACGGCUGAGCGAUGAGGCCAAGCAGAUGACCAUGGACACUUUGCGAACCAUACAUGGGCCGGACUUUAAGCUGGAGGACAUCAGCAAGUACAAGGACCGGGGGAGAGGCGGCCACGGUGUCAAGCAUGCCUACUGGCAGGACCGGGGCACACUGAUGGUGCAAAGUGUCCAGGGCGUUAGUUCCACCAGAGGCGACAGCAACGACGAGGAUCGCAUUCGCCGCUAUGCCCUGCUUAAGCUUGAGUGCUAUGGCUUCCAUCCCGCCCACUGCCUCGAGGCCUACGAACACUGUAACAACGACACGGAAGCGGCCCUCCUGCUGCUCUACAAGCGAUAUAUGCGCGUCCCCGAACAGGAAAAGCUGAACCUCGAGCCACCCAGCGAGGCAGAGCUGCUAGACAUGCGCUCCGAUGAGAAGGAAGCCCUUGAGUCCAUCUACGAUCGGGCGUAUGAAGAGCGCGAGAGCAAUCGGGUCUGGAAUCUGAAGUUCAAGAUCGACCACCUACUGGCCCACAGCCCAUCGGAGGUGCGAAAGGCUCGUGAGGCUGCCGCCGCAGCAGCAGCCGCCUCUGCCCAGGCAGCCCUCGACAAGAAGAAGAAGGCCCCGCAGCGGUGUCGCAACUUCGAACGCGAUGGCACAUGUAAAUACGGUCCCAAGUGUCGCUUUGCCCAUGUGCCGGCCCAGCCCGUUCUUCCUUCCACACCAAAGAAAGAGAAUCUGGAUGAGAACGAUAACGAGCUGUGGUUCCAUGUGGAGGUGCGCUUUCCGCCCGGCAGUCACUAUCCGUACGAGGCGCCGUUCAUCUACUUGAAGACCACCUGCCACGACAUACCGCACGAGCUGAGGCUACGCUAUGCGCGCCACCUGUACCGCGAGGCGAGGGAGAUCUGCCGCGACGGCAUACCCUGUGUGUACAGCAUCUGUGAUCUGUUGCAGUCCAGCGAAGAUCUGGCCGGCAGGCUGGACACGGCCCGGUUUCCCUCGCCCAAGCGUUCACUCUUCUACAACGAGCCGGAGACGGGCGAGGCGAUGGACAAUGGAGUGGGCGAGCAGACGGUGAAGCCCUCGCACUAUGCCCGCGGACAGACGUCCCGUAAUGAGGGAGCGUACCAGCGAAAUACAGAGGCACAGGCCCGAGAGAAUCGACGCCUGCUGCAGCAGUUCGUAGAGCGGCGGAAGGACGAGCGCUACCAGAAGGUGAUCGAGGGUCGGCGACAGCUGCCGGCCUUUGCCGAGAUCGAGAGGAUUCUGGCCCUCAUCGAGAGCUCGCCCGUUGUGGUGAUAUCUGGCGAGACGGGCUGCGGCAAGAGCACACAGGUGCCGCAGUUCAUUCUCGACAAUUGGUUCUUCCGGGCGCUUCAGCUGCAGCCCAAGGAGACCCUGCCCCAUGUGGAGAUCAUCUGCACGCAGCCGCGCCGCCUCUCGGCCAUCGGUGUGGCGGAGCGCGUGGCUGCCGAGCGGCUGGACCGUAUUGGUCAGCUGGUGGGCUACCAGAUUCGGCUGGAGAACAAGGUCUCGCAGAGCACGCGACUCAGCUUCUGCACCACUGGGAUCCUGCUGCGGCGCCUCGCCUCCGACCCAAUGCUGGCCGGCGUCUCCCAUGUGAUUGUCGACGAGGUGCACGAGAGGUCCGAGGAGUCGGACUUCCUGUUACUCAUCCUAAAGAACAUACUGCGCGAGCGCAAGGAUCUCAAGGUCAUCCUUAUGUCCGCGACUCUCAAUGCGAGCCUCUUCUCAAACUACUUCGGAGGGGCACCCGUGCUCGAUAUACCCGGCCGGACGUUUCCCGUGCAGCAACUCUUCCUCGAGGACAUUCUCGAGCUGAGCGACUUUGUUAUGGAGUACGACACCAAGUUCUGCCGCAAGCUGAAAAAGUCGGAGCAGGAUGUCCUGCAACGAGAGCUCGAAUACGCCGAUGUCCAGGCAGCCGGCCCGCCCCCCGGCAAGAAAAUCAAGGACGAGAAACUAACUCUGGCUGAGACAUACAGUCGAUACGCGGAGUACAGCAAGACCACCUGCAAGAGCAUCUACUUGAUGGAGCCCAUGACCAUCAAUCCGGAACUAAUCGAAUCCGUGCUGAAGUACAUUGUGGAGGGCGCCCAUGAGUGGCCGCGCACGGGCACUAUUCUUAUCUUUCUGCCCGGAAUGCAUGAGAUCCAGACGGUGCACGACGCCCUCCUCGAUCAUUCGCUCUUCUCGCCACGUGCGGGCAAAUUUGUGCUGGUGCCGCUUCACUCGGCCCUGUCCGGCGAGGAUCAGGCGCUGGUGUUCAAGCGAGCGCCAGCCGGCAAGCGGAAAAUCGUGCUAAGCACCAACAUAGCCGAAACCUCGGUAACCAUCGACGACUGCGUCUUUGUGGUGGACUGCGGCCUGAUGAAAGAGAAGUGCUUCGACUCGAAUCGGAACAUGGAGUCCCUCGACCUGGUCUGGGUCUCGCGCGCUAAUGCCAAGCAGCGCAAAGGUCGCGCCGGCCGCGUCAUGCCCGGCGUCUGCAUACACCUGUAUACGAGUCAUCGCUUUCAUCAGCACAUCCUGGGCCAGCCGGUGCCGGAAAUACAGCGAGUGCCGCUCGAGCAGAUUGUGCUGCGCAUCAAGACACUCGAGACGUUCGCAUCGCGCAAUACGCUCUCCGUCCUUCUCGAGACGCUCGAGGCACCUAGCGAGGACAGUGUGUUGGGUGCACUGACGCGCCUUCGAGAUGUGGGUGCCCUGGAUGCUGACGAUCAGCUCACACCGCUGGGCCACCAUCUGGCCGCCCUGCCGGUGGACGUGCGCAUCGGCAAGCUGAUGCUGUACGGCGCCAUCUUCCAGUGCCUGGACAGUGUGCUCACCAUUGCCGCCUGCCUGAGCAAUAAGUCGCCCUUUGUCAGUCCGCUGAACAAGCGGGUGGAGGCGGACAAGUGCAAGCGCCUAUUUGCGCUGGGCAACAGCGACCAUCUCACUGUGCUGCAGGCGUACCGGAAAUGGCUUGAAGUGGCAAGGCGUGGCAACUAUGCGGCCAGCCGGAACUAUGCCAGCGAGCAUUUUCUGUCCCUCAACACGCUGGAGACGAUAGCCGACCUAAAGUAUCAGUACCUGGAGCUGCUCGUCUCGAUUGGCUUUGUGCCCAUCGAUGUGCCGCGCAGGCGCAAGAAUGCCAGCGACAACAUCCUACAGCUCACUGGUGCGGACCAGAACCACAAUGGGGACAAUAACCGGCUGCUCACGUCGCUCCUUUGCGCCGCCCUCUAUCCUAAUAUUGUCAAGAUCAUGACGCCGGAGCGUGUGUAUGUGCAGACGGCUGGCGGGGCAGUGCCACGUGAGCAGGGACAUCAUGAUCUACGAUUCAAGACGCGUGGUGAUGGCUAUGUGAAGAUCCAUCCAUCGUCGGUCAACUCGCAGGUGGCCACGUUUCAGUCACCCUUCCUGGUGUACCAGGAGAAGGUGCGCACCAGCGCCAUUUACAUACGCGACUGUUCGAUGCUGCCCCUCAUUGCCCUCGUCCUGUUCGCGGGCAGCGAUUUCAAGGUGGAGCUGCACGACGGCGACUUUCUGUUUCUGCUUGAAACCGGCUGGAUCAUACUGAAGGCACACGAUCACGAAACGGCCGAAAUGGUACAGUGCUUGCGCUCAGAGUUGAUCAAGCUGCUCGAGGAAAAAAUCCGGGAUCCGUGCCUUAAUCUACUGCACCACAAGAACGGUUGCCGAAUGAUCGCCAAUAUUGUUCAUCUGCUAAGCAAAAAUAGCUGAGACUCUGUGUCUUCCAAAUACCAUGAUAUGAUUACGACCCAUAUGCCAAUAUUAACCAAAUUGUUUGUAAAUUGUAUGUUAUAGAUGCUAUAUACCCCCCGCCCCGAUAUUUAUACUGAUACUGAUCUGAAGAUCUGUGUUCAAUCGAGCAACAAAGAGCAAUAAUGAAACACCGAAUCCGUUGGCUAUACAAAGACUCA